GCCAGGUGUUUACAUUGCAGAAGUUUCUUCUCAGUUGAGAAUAUGUUCUAGCUUUUACACUUUUACUAUAUCCUCUUCCAACAAAUACACUCUGACACGUGCAGUUUCUGAUAUGUGGCAUCAGACUACGUAAUCUAACUCUAUCUGGUAGUUUUCUGUGACCAAUCAGCCGGAAAAAUGGCCUACGAGCAAGUUGCAGAUCGCCUCCUGGCUGAAAUGUUUGACAAAGACACAAACAAACGUCUGCAAGUUGGAAUUGCACUCCACGGUUUCUUGAGUGAAGAGGAGAAUUCAGUUCACGACUUCGAUGACCUGGAUCGGCUCAUUGCAGGCUUGGUUACUUGGAUAAACAGCAGCCACCCGAAGAUCUGCACAAAUGGAAUGGAAGUGCUGAACAUGGUGUGUGUGGUUCUUGGUGAAAAGUUCAAGUCCCACUUGUCUACAGUGUUACCCGCUCUGAGGGAGCGUCUGGGUGAUGCUCGCCAGCCUGUGCGUGACGCAUCUCUUGACUGCCUCCUUGUAAUCAUGGAAGCCAUCGGCUCACCACAGACUGUCCUGGAUAAGCUGCUGCCGGACACUCUGGGCCACAAGGGCUGGCAUGUGCGCGAGCAAGGCCUAGCACUAGUCAGCAAGGCACUGGACAAAUUUGGUUCUAAGAACCUCCUGGUCGGUCGCUACAUAGCCGGUAUCUGCAAGCUGACAGGCGAUGCUAACUAUCAGGUGAGAGAUCAGGCAGUGGUGGCACUGGUGGACGUCUAUCGACACGUGGGAGAGAGGAUUCGUGGUGACUUGGCAAAGCGAGGCUUGCCUCAAGCCAGGCUGGAUGCUGUAUAUGAGAAGUUCGAUGAAGCACAAAGGGCAGGCAGUGUGGUUGCUUCUAGCAAUCACUCUACAACGGAGACGAGCACAGCAGGGGCGGUGGUAGCAGCAGCAGCACCACCAGCAGCAGCACCACCACCAGCAGCAGCAGCAAUACCAACAUCAAGCAUGUCGCGCAGCUCCAGUGCCUCGUUUGACACAUCAGCCGACACCUCGACAUCGGUGUUUUCGUCGUCAUCCUCUCGCCCCGGCAGUCGCCCUCAGUCCCGUCAGAACAGCUCUAGCAACUUGCGUGGAAUGACGCCACAGCGGUCAGGUUCGUCCUUGUCUGGCGCAGCCGAGUCUGGUGCUGUGGAUGAAGAUGACUUUGAGCGUAGCUUUGAUGACUGUGCGACUAUCCUGUCAUCUUCGGCAAGAGACAUUGACGAUGAGUUGACCAAAGUGGAGGAGACGUUGACCAAUGUCAACUUGGAAUGGGAUGUACGCGUGACCGUGAUGAAGAGAAUGAAAGGCCUACUCAACAACGGUGCGGCUGACUUGGACGUGUUUCACUCGCACAUCGCAACACUGCGUAUUCCGUUUGCAACCGCGCUGAAAGAUCUUCGUUCGUCCGUGGUCCGAGAAGCAUGCAUCACUGUGGCACUCUUAGCUACUAAAUAUGGUCCUCGUCUGGAGAACUUCUGUGAGUGGGUGCUACCGCCGCUGUUCCAGCUGGUCCAGAACAGUGCCAAGAUCAUGGCGUCAUCGGGGCAUGUCUGUAUCGGGUUUAUCAUUCGGCAUGUCCACUCGCAUCGCCUCAUCCCACUAUUCGCUAGCCAGAAUAUAAACAAGGCAGUGUCCGUCCGCAGACGUAUUGCCGAGUAUCUAGAGCAGAUAUUGCUGCAGUGGUCGACCCAAUCUCUGGAAAGACAAGUCAGUCACCUGGAGGAAGCGUUGAAGAAGGGAAUGAACGAUGCUGACUCGGGGACGCGGACAUUUUCAAGGCAGGCGUAUUGGGCGUUUGCAAAGCACUUCCCGGCACAGGCAGAGAAAGUGAAGGCCUCUUUAGAACCAGCCAGGCAAAGACUGCUAACCAGUGAACAGUCUGGCGGCAGCAAAGGCACCUCCACUCCUAGCAGGCUACCUCCGAGGAGUGUGUCAAGGUCACGUCUUGCUCCGGCUGGGUCCGCCAGUAAUCUAUCCGGUUUGAAACGGCGAUUCACCAGUGAACCAGACCUAUCACCAUCCACACAGCGCAGCACUCGCAUGGAGCCCUCGCUGGCGUCCCGGUCGCGCACGCAGGACGCGAGCAGCAGCAGUAGCAGUGGUGUUCUGCGUCGACCGGCCACCACAGCCACUGCCAGUGUGUCCACGGCCAACAGCAUUGUAUCGCCAGCUACUUCACUGCACGGUGCACGGCAUACCGGUGCUCUCGGCGGUCCACCAAUGCGACUCACACGUCCUGCUUCGGCCACACCAGGUAGAGCUAAGCCAGUGACACGGUUACCACCCACUUCGAAAACUCCCGGUCGACUGGAGGGCCGUCACUUCUCUGACUCGACAACGCCAGUGACAUCGGUCACUAGUCCUCUCGAUCUUGAUGACCAGGAUGAGAACAUGAGAGCUGACGACCUAUUAUCUGGAUCUGGCGGGUUUGAUAGUGAGAGUCUUCCACUGUGCCCUAGAGGUUAUCGUGACCCAGACAUGGACGAUGAUAACAUGAGCAUUGCGUCCGACAUCUCCACUUCGUCCACGGCGUCCAACUUCUCCAUACAGAGCAUGUCCGGGCGGUUGCACAUUGUGGAGGAUGUUCCUGAUAUCUUGCGACUAUGUCAGAGUGGUACCUGGUCGGAUAGACGUGACGGCUUAGCUAGUCUGGGGCAGCUCUUACAGGGAUCAAGAUCACUCUUCAAAAACGAAGUGCAACGUUUCUUGGAAGUCUUCUACAAGCUGUUCUCAGAUCCACACAACACUGUGCUGGGUAUCUUUCUGGAUGUUCUGAUGGACUUCAUCUUGCAGUAUCGUGCAGACAUGCGGGUAUGGCUGCCUCAACUCUUCCAACGUUUGUUUACCAAGCUUGGUGCGGAUCUGCGCUCGGCCAUAAGCCGGCGCAUGCAUCACCUGGAAGAAGUCAUCAGGGAUUCGUUUGAAGCUGGCUAUCAGCUGUCAUGUUUAUGCAAGAUCCUCAAUGAUCAGUCACAACCACAGCAUCUAAAGGUGAAGCUGGCUUUGUUGAAGUACAUGUCGGAUCUGGUAGUGACAAUGGAGGCAUCUGAACUCGUCAAUAACGGUGAGGUGCGGCAGGGUGUGACCAAGAUUGCUGGUAUGGCCAACGAACCCAGGAACGUGGAGCUGAGACGGACGGCAUCACGUGUCCUGCACGCUCUCAGCAGUCUGAAUGAGGAGGUGUUCAUGAAAAUGAUCGCCGCCCUGCCGCGCAAUCUCAAGGAUAGUACAUUGAAAGCUGCGGAGGAUGCUGGUAGGGAGCCUAAGACUCCGACCAAGACACGAACACCGCACCGCACUUCUCGUACUGCCAAUCAACUCUCCCCGCAGUCGGCUACCUCGUCACCGGUGAAGCGGCCGUCCUCGUCCGCUGCGGGUUCGGUUGGUAGCAGUAACCUGCGCAGCAUGUCUGGCAUAAGCAGUUCGACUCCCGACCUGAACCGCACUGCCGGAGCGAGGAAGUACGGUGUCACCAGCGGACCGUCGCCCCGUAUCACCCCACCGGGAGGUGCGAGUCGUGUUGCCAAACGCCAGAUCACCACCGCCAGGACAUCUAACACUACGCCUGUGUCGGGUAGCCGUACGGUGCCGCGCAAGUCAACGAUUGCCGCCGCCGAGGCUAGGCAGCAGCAGCAGGCAAAGGCACGCAGCUCAUCUACGUCUGACCAAUCGCCAACAAAACAGCAGCAGCAGGAGCAUGAGCAUGAGCCUGAGCAGGCACAGCAGGAGUACCAGCAGCAAACACCGCAGUCAGUAAAGCCACUGGCAGCGGCCGCGCAACUCGGCAUGGACAAUGAUGUGGAAGCCAACUUGACGCCACAUGCUAGCGAGCAGCCCGUCUUCUCUAUGUUCGGCGGUGAUGCUGCAACCCCAGUCUCUUCUAAUGGCCUUACAUUACCUGACGAGGCUACACCUAGCAACGAUGCCAACAGCAGCAAUGUCGCUGAUCAGGCGUGUCUGUCACUCUGUGUCGAUGAUGACGAUCCAAGUAGCAUACCCGCAUUGCUUGAUGCAUUGGCCAACCCAUCCCAGGUAGUGGCGUGUAUGCAGGCCCUGGAAAGCCUGGGAGAGCUGGCCAUUGAGGAUGACGUGGAGCUGUGGGAUGUGCAUUUCGAUACAGUGCUCGACACGGACCACUUGCUCUUUGAGUGUGACCUGGUUGACAUACGUGUGGCUGCGUUGCGCUUCUUCCGCCAGCUGAUCUGCUUUCAGCCGACGCGCUUCAACGAGGACUGUGCGCACACGUGCAUUGCCAAGCUACUGAAAUGCUAUGUGGAUGCCAGUCCUGAUGUGGUGCGUCAGGUUGAGGAUAUGAUACCAGCCGUGGCUACUGCCCUGCCUGCCCAGGCCAUUGUCAAGUCUGUGCUUCCCAUCAUCAGCCGACAGGAGUUCCCGCAAGUCAUCUGCUGUCUCAAGUUACUGACAAAGGUAGUUGCUCGUGUUCCACCUGCUGAGCUGAUUGACAUGCUGCCAUCGCUGAUUCCACCUCUCAUUACGAACUAUGCACAUGCUGACAGCAGUGUGCGCAAAGCCAGUGUGUUCUGUCUUGUCGCCAUGCACGCUGUUGUGGGUGAGAGUCUCAUGGCACAUCUCAAGAGUCUUACCGUCAGCCAGAUGCGCUUGUUGACCAUGUACAUAGACCGUGCAAAGCCAUCUCACUGACGCAACACUGAGUCGCAGUCACAUCAUCUCACCACCACCACCACACCUGCCAUCACUACUUCAAAUAUUUAGUGAUGUCACUUCAUCAACGGAUACAUCCACGUCUCCUUCUUCUGUUUUUGUACGUGCAUUUCCAUGCUGGUUGAUAGCGGCAAAGUAGUGACAUUUCUGUGUGAUAUUCUUUUUUAAAUAUUUUAACUGACCCCAAUUUGUUAAAAAUGCUAGCGGCUUUCUAUGUAGACUUACUCCUUCAAUGAUUUGUUGUACUGGUGACUUUAGUUCGACAACGACUGCAACAAUGAAGACAACAUUACGGACAUCAACCAACAACAACAACAACAGCAACAGCAACAGCAACAGCAACAACAACAACAACAACAACAACAACAUCAGCAGCAGCAGCAACAACAACAACAACAACAACAACAACAACAACAACAACAACAACAACAACGACAACAACAACAACAACAACAACAACAACAACAACAACAACAACAACAACAUAUACUAGUGCCGUCUUAUGUAAUACGAAAGGAAAACUAACCUUUUUGCAUCAUGAAAUACAUGCUGCUUUCUUUCGUACUUUGCCGGUUUGCCUGGCUGCUUCUUACGAUCUCCUCUGACUGCUCCCAUUACCACCUCCUUCACUGUCGUAGUUAUCCGUGUGUAUGGACGUAAUAAUUUGUGUGCGCUCGCGUGUAACGUGUUCUCGUGCUAGUGUGGUUAUUACGUACAGAUGUGGUCCAAGUGUGCGAUAUCAGCUGCAGCUGCUGCUGGCUCUGCUUCUAGCUCUGUGUGCACUGGAUAUUGCUGCUAGCUGGCAGCCAUCUUUCUUUUCACACUCCGCACUCAUCGCAGCUGUUCUCUCCGUAGCAUUCAUUGCCACUGCCAUCGGAGUUAUCUUCUUUUGUCACUGGCUUUUUCUAUCCUCACAGCUCCCAUCAUGGUUUGUAGUAGUUUCUUACUCGGUUGCUUUAGUUACGUGUUUGCUAGUUAAUUGCUACCCUACCCUUUUUAGUGGCGUCUUUUUAAUACUUUGAAGUAGUUCUGCGUGGUUCUAAUAUUGCGCCCGUUCCAUUAUCAGAUCCCCGUUCUUGUAUGUAUUCUUAUAUUUUAGCUAGUCAGUUUAUCACCUCAAGUACUAGUUUGAGGCGGAGUGAGCUGACCUUUCCGCGCUGCUAUUUGGUGCGCUGGUCCACUGCUUGCGUGCCGUUUUGUUUCGGCCGUUUUCUCUUUCCGUGUACGCUAUGACGUCGAGUGUCUCUAUCA